UGCUCCAUUAUGGCAAUAUCGCCCAAAUGAAUACGGGGGAAGGAAAAACCCUCACCGCCUUUUUGCCGAUUUGUCUCAAUGCUCUCCUGGGGCGAACGACGAGAAAAAACGACUAUAUAAUGAUUGCACGGUCAUUUACACUACCGGCAGCGAAUUAGGAUUUGACUACUUACGAAAUAAUUUAGUAACUAAUAUUGAAGCCAAAAAAAAGCAAGAUUAUUAUUAUGCAAUCGCCGAUGAAAUUGAUUCGCUUUUCAUUGAUGAGUGCACUAAUCCUCUCAUUAUUUCUCAGCGGGUUCAAGGAGAAAAUGUCAUUAAUCCAGCCGAAUAUCAAUUAGCCACCAAAUUAGCCAACUCAUUGGUGGAAAAAAAAGAUUACAAGGCCAAGCACUUUUAUCACAAAGGUAUCGAAUAUAUUGUUGAUAGAGAGGAAGAAAAAUUGGUGCUGAUUGACGCUUUGACUGGUCGUUUGGUGCCAAAUCGGGUUUACGGUUCUG